CUUAUGGAGGUGUGAGAUCACAGAGGAAGGUUGUGCUGCUCUGAUUUCAGCUCUGAUAUCAAACCCCUCACACCUGACGUACCUGCAUCUGUCUGAUAAUUAUCUCAGAGAUUCAGGAGUGAAGCUGGUCUCUACUCUACUGGAAAGCCCUCGCUGUAAACUAGAGAAACUGAGGCUUUGGACUUCUAAUAUCACAGCUGAAGGUUGUGACAGUCUGGCAUCAGCUCUGAAAUCAAACCCCACACAACUGACAGAACUGGAUCUGUGUGGGAAUAAAGUAGGAAAUUCAGGAGUGAAACUGAUCUCUGCUGUACUGGUGAAUCCUCUCUGUAACCUGAGGUUUCUAGGGUUGAGUCAGGGUAAUAUCACAGAUGAAGGUUGUAUUGCUCUGUCUUCAGCUCUGAUAACCUCACACCUGACACAUCUGAUUCUGUCCAUAAAUCCUCUUGGAGAUUCAGGAGUGAAGCAGCUCUCUGCUGGACUGGAGAAUGCUGACUGUAAACUGGAGAUACUGGAAUUGAUGAAUUGUAAUAUCACAGAUGAAGGUUGUACUGUUUUAGCUUCAGCUCUGACAUCAAACCCAGCACACCUGAGACAUCUGGAUCUGUCUAAAAAUUAUAAAAUAAGAGAUUUGCAGCCGCUCUCUGACCUGAGGGAUGAUCCACGUUAUAAACUGGAGAAACUAUUAAUUGAUCUUGUCAGCAGAUGAAGAGUUCUGAAACCUGUCCGACUGCAGUAGGUGUGUAGUCCAUCACAGAUAUCAGAGGAAACCUACAGCAGCACAGGGAGAACACACAAACAUUUGGAACAGAGAUCAUAUUAUUUGAAGGUGACAAAAGAUUGAAGUUGAAAGGUUACCGUGCGUUUGCGGUGGCCGGUCCCAGGUUAUGGAACAAUCUUCCUCUAUCUGUGAUAUCAGCAUCUUUUGUAUAUGAUUUUAAAUCCAAGUUACAGUCUCUACUUAUCUGUGCAUUUAAUUCAUUAUAAUUCUAGGUCUUAUUUUAACUUAUGCUGUAGUGAAUUUAUUUUGUAUUACGCUUAUGCACUGUAAAAAAUGUCAAGUUGUUUCAACUAAUUAUUAUUUAGUUACUAGUUCCACAGAAAUUUUACGUUCACUCAAUUUCUGUCCCCAAAGUUACUUGAAUUGUUAUUUUUUAGUUGGCCCAAACUUGACUCAAAUAUUAAAAAGUAUGCUUGCUCAAAUAGUUUUAUAAGUCAUUCAACUAAAGUAUUUUAAUAAGUUUAAUAUUUGAAAACAUACUGCAAAGAUUCUGUCAAUUAAAAUGUAAGUAUUUACCCCACGUUUUAUUUGUUACGUCAAUUAAUUUUUAUUAUUUGGGAAUUUUAAUUAGAAAUACCUGUGGAACUUAUAUAUAAUUGCACAUUGGGGUUGUUAUCAAAAAAUAUUAACUAGAAUCUUUCAGUCACAAAAUGUAUACCACACAAAUAAAACAAGACAUAGCUUUUAAUUCAUAACAAUCACUUCUCAUAUAGACUCCUGUUGACAAUAUUUAGGAGAACAUAUAUGUGUGUGUACGUUUGUGAGAGUGUACAUGCUAUUGAAUUUAAGACGUGUUUAGUCGGAAGGAUCACUGCUCAUUCGAUUCGGGAUCAAUCCGCACAUAACUGUCGGAGUCACUUUCCGCCGGUUUCCCACAAUUCAGGCAGCCGUUUUCUCAGGUUCACGUCAGGUAAGUGGCAGUAAAUAAAUGUUCAUUUUAGACUAAAUGAAUUGACAAAGAUGCAAAUAUUCAAUGUUUUUGUUACGAUAUAUAAGUGUGUGUUAUAUGGUACGUGUCCGAGGGAAAGUAAAUCUUUUAGUUAAGAUAUAGGCCUAGGCCUAAGACAUUACCUUUGAAAUACAAGAGCAAACUUACUUGCUGAACUACAAAAAAGGUCUAUUGAAAAAAAAAGACGCAAAACAGGUAUUUUGAGUUUGUUAUAAUGAAUUCCUAUGGAGAAAAUCACUUGCUGCCCUCCUUCGAUGCAUAGCUGUAUAUGUGGUCUGCAAUAAAGAAAAUAUACAAAUGAAUUAGAUUAGAAUUAGAUUGAUACUUGCAUACUUUACGCUUUUAUUUCUUUUAUUUGUUACAAGUAUAUUAAUUGUAACCUUGACAAUUGUUAUUAAUAAAACCUAUACAUAUAA